AUGCUCAAGCCUCUAGUCCUUAGUGACUCAUCCCCUGUAAGGCCGAGAGACCUAACCUUAUUGGAUCAAGAAGAGGCUGGAUUGGUGUCUACCUUUAUUAAUAGGCCUCCUAUUGACAUUUUCAAAAUUUUGCCCUCUAAAGAUGAUCCUGACUGGCCGUCCUUCCAACAGAUUCUUUCCAAAUUUCCAGACACGGAGCAUCUUUGUCCUGAUGGAGGCCUUGUAAACAACUCUUUUAUCUUGGAUAUUGUCUUGCCUCAAAAAUGGAUUGAUCACAGAGUAUGUAAUCCUCGUUUCUUUCAAUCAAUAGUUUCGACAACUUGUUAUUUUAUGGGGUUCGUAUUUUAUGCUGAUUUAAACUUAGGUUUUAUGCAUUUUUCCCCCUUUCAUAUCGCUAUCAUUUAA